GUCGUCUCAUUGUGCAAAACUUGUUACUAUUGCUUCGUCGUCCUCAUUGCAAAAGAGUCCAUUGCAUAACAACCUCCCUCGUCCGACUAUAGCCUCUAAAAACAGAAACUCAACAUACCAUUAUCAUUCUCUCAACUGCCCACAAUUCUUUUUUUUAGUAUCAUUCAGAGAGUUUUGAAAAGGAAUAUAGCAAUAUCCUUGAUUGAUUAGUAUGGUCAAGGCAUAUCAGCGCUACACUCCACGCACCACCUUCGGUGUUGUGGCCAGUGGGAACUCCAACAUUAUUUAUGACAUUGAAGGAAAAUACGCCAUCAGCCCAGCCUUAGAAGACGUUUGCAUCUGGGACCUCAAGAGGGGCGAGCGAGUUGGAACAUGGCAUGAUAGCGAUAAUAAAGCAGAAGUCACAUGCAUUGCACGCAACACAGAUCGGAAUAGUUAUGCUGUUGGUUAUGCGAAUGGUUCGAUCCGUAUUUGGAGUAUGAAAGAUUCAGAUGUCCUUGUCACAUUUAAUGGUCAUCGUUCCGCAGUGACAGCUUUGGCGUUUGACAAGUCUGGGAGCCGCCUUGUUUCUGGAUCAAAAGACACUGACCUAAUUGUUUGGGAUGUUGAAGGUGAAGUUGGACUCUACCGUCUUCGUGGCCACAAAGACCAGAUUACUUCUGUCCGAUUCUUGUCACGACCUGCACUUGUUGAGGGCGGUCAACCUACGGAUGAAUAUAUUUUAUCGGGCUCGAAGGAUACACUCAUUAAACUUUGGGAUCUGUCGACUCAACAUUGUAUGGAGACUCUGGUUGCUCACAGGAACGAGGUUUGGGAUUGCGACGUCAAUUCAGAUGAAACUAUUUUAGUCUCCGGAGGCGGUGAUCCUGAUAUUAAAGUCUGGAAGAUCAAUGCUGACGCCCUUAGAACUGGACUGGGCAUUGGUGAAGAAGCUAAGGAAGUUGGUGAGGACUCACAUAAUAAUGAACAGAGUGAAAGUUCAGGCUUGGUCAAGGCUAUCACAUUCUAUGGAUCUAUCCCUCGUCAAUCAAAGGAACGUGUAACAACCCUGAAAUUCCAUUCGUCACAAGAUUUUUUGGGCUGUCAGGCCUCAGACAAGUCCAUUGAGUUGUUUAGGAUACGCUCGGUUGAGGAGAUCAAGAAGAAGAUGUCACGCAGAAGGAAACGUCAACGUGAGAAGCAGCAGGCGUUGUUGAAGAAGGGCGAUAUUGAGGGUGCUACAGCAGAAGAGCCUGUGGAUGAUACAAUUCAGGCAACAGAUGAGAUCACACCUUGGCAUGUCCUUCGCUCAGCAGCCAAAUUCAGGUCAUUCGACUUUGCACCAGCAAAGGAUGUACAGAAGCUAGGACAUAUCCAGUUGGUGGCAUCGUUGAACAAUAAUACUGUGGAGGUCUGGUCAGUCCCUCACCCUACUGCGACUAAGAAUGAAGAAGUGGCGAACGAGCCCAGUAAGGCAUACACAUUAGAGUUAGCCGGACACAGAUCAGAUAUCCGUGCGGUUGCCCUUAGUUCUGACGACGAGCUUUUAUGUUCUGCAUCCAACGGCUCAUUGAAAAUUUGGAAUGUCAAGACAACAUCAUGCAUUAGGACAAUGGAUUGUGGAUAUGCCCUAUGCUGCGCUUUCCUGCCUGGAAACCGUCAUGUCAUAGUCGGAACCAAAACAGGUCAUUUGGAGCUGUUUGAUCUCGGAUCCUCCUCCAUGAUUGAAUCUAUUGAAGCACACGAAGGAGCAAUCUGGUCUCUUCAGGUCCGCCCAGACAGACGUGGAUUGGUUACAGGAAGUGCAGAUAAGGAUGUCAAGUUCUGGGACUUUGAUAUGGUGGAGGAACAAGUUGGUCAAUCGAUCAAAAAACGUCUAUCCUUGGUUCAUAUGCGUACUCUUAAAAUGUCAGAUGAUGUUCUGUGUGUUCGGUACUCGCCUGAUCAAAAGAUAGUGGCGGUCUCGCUAUUAGACGCAACUGUCAAGGUCUUUUAUCACGACACUCUCAAAUUCUUCCUAUCACUCUAUGGCCACAAACUACCCGUGCUCUCUAUGGACAUCUCAUCAGAUUCAAAUUUACUUGUAACUUGUUCUGCUGACAAAAACGUAAAGCUCUGGGGUCUUGAUUUCGGAGAUUGUCAUAAGUCUCUGUUUGCUCAUCAAGAAUCAGUUAUGGCAGUCCAGUUUGUGUGGAAUACACAUUACUUCUUCACAGCCUCCAAGGACAGGACUGUCAAGUAUUGGGAUGGAGACAAAUUCGAGAACAUCUUGAAGCUGGAGGGCCAUCAUGGAGAGGUCUGGGCGUUAGCUGUGGGCACAUAUGGUAAUAUUGUGGUCUCUGCUUCACAUGACCGCUCAUUACGUAUCUGGCAAAAGACUGAGGAUCAGGUUUUCUUAGAGGAAGAACGUGAGCAAGAAUUAGAUGACUUGUACGAGGCGACCUUGACAGCCUCGUUUGAGAAGACAGGGAUGGUGGACCAUGGUGAGGGAAAUAUUGGAGCGCCAUCUGCCCAUAACGGUGAUGAAUUAGCAUCAGCUGGCAAGCAGACCAUGGAAACCCUUAAAGCAGGAGAACGCAUUAUGGAGGCUCUUGAGCUUGCGGACCAGGAAAUCAAUGCCUGGAAGGAAUAUAACGCCGGCAUAGCUCGCGGUGAGCGUGGCUUAUCGAAGCCUCAGAGAUCACCCUUAUUGAUCUCGAUGCGACAAACACCAGAGCAACAUGUCUGGUUUGAGCUGGAGAGAAUCCGUCCUGCAGAAUUGGAUGAGGCUCUGUUGGUUCUACCAUUCUCAGCUGUGACAAGUCUCUUGAACUGGCUAGAUGUCUUUGUGCAGCGUGAAUACAACAUCAACCUUGUCUGUAGAGUCUUAUUUUUUCUGGUCAAGUCACAUCAUAACCAGAUUGUUGCCAAUAGGAUCAUGCGACCCAUGCUGGAUUCUGUGCGACGCAACCUGAGGAUCGGCUUGCAAAAGCAAAAGGACGUCGUUGGUUUUAAUGUAGCUGCACUCAACUAUAUUCACCGCGACUACGAAGCCAAUAAUACGUCAGAAUUCUUUGACGAGGACGCGAUCCGUAAAGAGGAAGAGAAGAAGCAAGAGUCAGAAAAGAAACGCAAGUUUUUAAAGAUUUAGAAGCUACAAACAUUUCGAGACAAAUUUUUCCCUAUCAUUUUGCAUCAUACUCUCUAGAUUCUCAUUUUUGCCUCAUCAUAAAAUAAUACAUAAACAUC